UGUUGGUAGCAACCCGCCAUAUACAACAACAACAACAAGAAGGAGAAACUCUGCAAUAUGGCGUUAAGUGACCCUUCCGUAUCCUCCUUGUUGAGCCUGCUCUAACGUCGUGUUCUUCUGUCUAUCCGUGGUCAGUACAAUCACACGCGUCAGAUACUACCCCGGACCAUCUUGUGCCCUCAACAUCGGAACUGUGUAUUGCAAGAAGUCAUGUUUCGACAGAAAAUACCUUUCACACAGAUGGCCUUUGCCGCAGUGCUUGGAGUUGCGGGUGGUUUCUACAUCUACAGACCCUACUACGACACAGUGACAAAGAUCACAACACAGCAGCAGCAAAACCAGGAUAUGACACAAAAGGACAAUGUACCUGAUGGAAAGAAAUCUAAGUGCACUAAUGAACAGCAAGAAUAAAAAUAUUUA